GAUGAUUCAAUCACCCCUCGGAACUGGAUGCACGCAUUUCAUUUCCGAGCUACUACUAGCCGCUUACCCCACCUCUGAACUACCUCCACCAUCAACAAACCUCAUCCCUCGUCCACUAUAAAGACCUACCCCAACUCCAUACCUCCAAGCCUCCAUUUCUCCAAACCCUCUACAAAGCCCCCAAUCCCUUCCAUAAUGCCACCACCACCAACAGUCCACGGGCUCUCCGUGACCCCCCUAACCCAAUGCACCCACUGGCACUCUCCGCUCGACAUAAUCGCCAUAAAGCACUUCUGUUGUCAGAAGUUCUACGCUUGUAUCAGCUGUCACGACGCGCUUGAGUCGCAUGCUUCUGCCCCAUGGCCGAAGGAAGUGUACGAGAAGGACGCGAGUAAUGAAGGAGGGCAGGGUGCUGUGUUAUGUGGGAAGUGUAAGCAUGUGCUUGGUGUGAGCGAGUACCUGGGGUGUGGGAGCCAGUGUACGAAGUGUGGGAGUGGGUUCAAUCCGGGGUGUAAGUUGCAUUGGGGGUUGUAUUUUGAGGUUGAUGGAACGGAGGGAGGUGGUUGCAAGAUUUGAGGGGGUUAGGGGGCGAGUAUGUGCAUCAACGUUUUGAAAAGGAGCGCAUGGAUAACGGUUGACGUGAAUGAUAUUUUAUAACAAGAUGGUAAGUUGAAAAUUUUUACAUAUUUUUGGUUU